AAAAAUAUUAUUUUUUACUGUAUAAUUUAAAAUAAAAAUAAAAAUAAAAAUAAAAAAAGUUGAGUAAUGAGCUACUAAAGUCAAUAGCCAAGAUCAAGCAUAAACACUUUGAUACUUGACUCAGCUCGAUUCAUUUACAGCCUUAAUAUGGAUUUACAGCCUAUCAGGACACCCAAUGCCACACAAUUUGCACCACCUUGGCUGUUCUAUUAUCUCACCAAUCUGUGCAAGCUUUAACCAGUCGUGUUCUUUCAUGUGCGUUUGUCCUGCUAAAUGAACUUUCAUCAGGUCAUCAUUCAUGCACCAAAUUCUACACAAACCGCACCACUUUCUCCCUCUCUAAUUUUCUACUGAACAGUCAUCUCCCGCAUCUUUUCUACUGAACUUCUGUUCUUGUACAUAAAAAUUGCAUUUUACUACUUAUCUGCUGCUUAUUGUUAAAGAGACCUGAACAUGGCACUUGACAGACUUCACAAAGCAAGUUAUCUGCUUGAGGCUUCAGCAUGUCAUCAUUAGUGAAUGAUUGCAGUCAUUGAGGCUGCAGAAAUUGUGGAUCACUUGAUGGUUCUGAUCGCUUUGCUCCCCGAAAUACUAGGAAAUGAACUAGAACCUGGCCUUGAAGAAGCAUUGCCACUUGGAAGUUCUUGAUUGCUUGGUGGUGCGAGUUGCUUUACUCUGGAAAGGCUAGGAUUUGAAUUUGAAAUUGAAGUAGGAUUUCCACUUGGACUUGACAAAUGCACGUGCCAUGAAAAGAAAACUGGUACAUAAAUAGUUUAUAGCAUA